AUGCCUCUCGUCGCCUCAAACCCCAAGGAUAGAAUCAUCCUGGGUCUCAUGACCUUCGGCCCCAACGAGUCCGACGGCGCCCGAAUCACCGAUCUGGACACGUUCAACAAGGCCCUCGAUGUGUUCCAGGCGCGCGGCUACAGCGAGGUCGACACGGCCCGCGUCUACGUCGGCAGGAAGCAGGAGGCCUUCACUCGCGAGGCUAGGUGGAAGGAGAGAGGACUGACUCUGGCCACGAAGGUCCAGUAUCCUUCCUCGGCCGGUGAUCAUGCUGGCAGCAAGGUCAUUGAGUCUGUCGAGACCAGUCUGAAGGAGCUUGGAACCGACUCCGUUGAUGAUCGCGCAACGCCAUUCGCCGAGACGCUCGAGGCUCUUGACAAGCUCCACAAGCAGGGCAAGUUUGUCAAGCUGGGCUUGAGCAACUUCACUGCCUUUGAGGUGGCCGAGGUCGUGCUGACGUGCAAGUACAACGGCUGGGUGCGCCCGACGGUUUACCAGGGCAUGUACAACGUCAUUACUCGCAGCAUCGACGCCGAGCUCAUCCCGGCCUGUCGCCGUUACGGACUCGACAUUGUCGUGUACAACCCCAUCGCCGGCGGGCUGUUCUCGGGUAAGAUUAAGUCCAAGGACAUCGUCCCGACGGAGGGCCGCUUCUCUGACAACCACGGCACGGGCGGAAACUACCGCAAGCGCUACUUCCGCGAGAGCACGUUCAAGGCGCUGCAGACGAUCGAGGCCGCGGUGGAGAAACACGGGCUCAGCAUCAUUGAGACGGCGCUGAGAUGGACGGUGCACCACUCGAACCUCAAGAUCAAGGACGGCAACGAUGGAAUCCUCAUUGGCAUCUCUAGCGUGGCGCAACUCGAGGACAACCUGAACCACCUCGAGAAAGGCCCUCUGCCUGACGAGGUUGUGCAGGCGUUGAAUCAGGCGUGGCUCAUCUCAAAGGCGGACACGACCAACUACUGGCACCUGGAUCUAGAGUACAAGUACGACACCCGGGAUGCCCUGUUCAGCGCGGGGGCCAAAUAA